AUGUCACGUGGGCGGCCCCGGGGCCGGUGGGAGUGUGAGGAGUCUCUCAGUUUAGGGUCCAAACCCCCAGAAGGAGCUCAGAGCUGCUUGAGACGGAGCCGGACUCAGAGGAUCAGGUCAGCAGAGACUCGGACAGAGACACAGAAACACAGAGCGGAGGAUGGCGUCGUCCGGCGAGGAUCAGCAGGUUCCUGAUGAAGCAGCAGGCGUCAGAGAUGUUCAGUCACGUUACUUGCGCUGUCCUUCUCCGAGCUUCUCCAUGACGUCUGAUCGCUUCUCCUCGGUGUCGGACCGCUUCUCCAUGAUCUCCGGCUCGGAUGCGGAGAGCAUCUUCAUGGAGCCGAUUCAUCUGUCCUCCUCCAUCGCUGCCAAGAAGAUCAUCAGUGAAGAGCUGGGCUCCAGAGAGCUGCGGGCCCCGGCGGCCCCCGAGAGCAUGCUGGAGUCGGCCAGGCAGCUGAUGGUGGAGGAUCUCUACAACAGAGUGAAGGACAUGAUGGAUGACCGCAGCCCCUACAACACGCCCUGUGUGCUGGACAUCCAGAGAGCGCUGACCCAGGACCGUCUGGAGGCGCCCUUCAACCCCGUCGACGAGGUCUGGCCCGGACUCUACAUCGCAGAGAAGUCUGUGGCGGUGAAUAAAGGUCGUCUGAAGCGGCUGGGCAUCACUCAUGUGUUAAACGCCGCUCACGGCACCGGGGUCUACACCGGACAGGUCUUUUAUCAGGGCAUGAACAUCACCUACAUGGGCAUCGAGGUGGACGACUUCCCAGACGCUGACAUCUCUCCUCACUUCCGCUCGUGUGCAGAGUUCCUGGACGACGCUUUACUCACACACCGAGGCAAGGUGCUUGUGGACUCAAUGAUGGGCGUGAGCCGCUCAGCGGUGCUUGUCGCUGCUUAUCUCAUGAUCUUCCAGAACAUGAGCAUCAUGGAGGCCCUGCUGGAGAUCAGGAAGAAGCGUGCCAUCAACCCCAAUGAGGGCUUCAUAAAGCAGCUGCGCCAACUCAAUGAGACUCUGAUGGAGGAGCGAGACGAAGACGAUGACGACACGCUCAGCCAGUGCUCCGUGAUCGACACCCGCGCUCGUCUAGAUGAGGAGGAGAGCAUGUUCGGAGUUAAAGCUGAGUCGAUCAUGAUGGACGAGGAGGAGGACAGUGGCAGCGUCAUGAGCAGCGUCGCAUCUUCAGCCGCUGCUGCCGCUCUCAGAGCUGGACUUAUAGGUGUCCCGAGCAAACCUGACCUGGAGUUGACAGCCAAGGACCCGGUGCUCCCUGGACGAGAUGGAGAAGAGGAAGAUGGGGAUGUGGACAGCAUGAUAAGGGAGUGGCAGAAGCGCAACGAGAAGUACCAGAAUGAAGACUGGUGGGAGGCGCAGCUGAGGUGUGACGGGGAGGAUACUGAGUCUCUGAUGGAUGCCGGGAAACCACCGGCUGUGAAUCCUGAAGACCUGGAGAGUGUGACCAGUGAAGAUGUCAGAAUGGUGAAGGAACGCAUCAGGCGUCAUCCUCGACGACCCGCUUCAGAUGCAGGGUCCACAGCGAGCCACAGUAGCUUCUCUGACCUCUGGAAGCAGCGUCUCAAAGAGAUUGAGGAGCAGGCCGCCGCACGAUACCGUCUCAAAGAGGACGACGAGGACAGCCAAGCCAGCCAGAAACGAAUCGACGACGAUGUCGAGAGCAUCCUAUCGGACAGCAGCUCCAUGUACAACUUCUGCAAGAAGAACAAGGAGAACCUAACGCCUCUGGAACGAUGGAAGAUCAAGCGGAUUCAGUUCGGAUGGAACAAGAAAGAGGAGAAUGGAGAACAAGCGGAGGCCAAGACUGAGGCACCUGCUGUCUCGCUGGAGGAUGUCAACCUGACAGCAUAUCAGACCUGGAAGCUCAAGCAGCAGAAGAAGCAUGGCGGAGAAGAGGACAAAGACGAGAUUCUGGAAAUGAGCCGAGCCGAGGACCCGGCCACGAUCAAGAAAAGACAGCGGCGCGAGGAGCUUCUGGAGCGCACGAGGAAGACGCUGGAGGAGAGCCAGUCGGUGUGCGGCUGGGAGACUGAGAGCGCUCUGAGCGGAAGCAUCCCUCUGUCCGCCUUCUGCGCCGGAGCCUUUCCAUCCGCAAGUGAUUCCGGCGCAGACGAUAACGUUUCUGUGCUCAGUGGCAGGUCUUCUGUCCUUUCAGGUCGUAGUACUCGAUCGCAGCCUCCGGUUCCUCCAGAGCCUCCGGCUGCGGUCCUCGGCCCUAACGGAGAGCCCAUGGUCAAUAUCGCCAACAUCCAGAACUGGAUAGCCAAUGUGGUCAACGAGACUCUUGUGCAGAAGCAAGCUGAGAUGAUGAUGACAGCGAGCCUCGCCCCUUCUAGAGCGGGAUCGGUGUUCAGUCUGGGUGUCGGACGCGGAGCAGACGAUGACAAAGCCUCAAUGCUGAGUGGAUCCACACUGUCGUCCCGAAGCAGGGCCGAAUCCGUGCUGUCUGGAAAGGCUCGGUCCGUGCUCUCAGCAGGUGGGCGGUCCGAAUCCGUGCUUUCUGCUGGAGGAGCGUCCAACAUCUCCUCUGUGUCCCGAAAGAGCAAGAUAACAACGACCAGUGUGCCACUCUACAGCCUCUUCCAAGACCAGGUGAACCUGCACAAACUGGACACCAUGGAGAAAGAAAUCAAGUCUGACAUGCGGGACAAGAUGGCAUCCUAUGAGGUGAAGAAGAUCGCAGAGGACAACAAGCGCAGUACGUUAUACAAGAAGAAGAAACCAAAAGACGACGAAGAGGACGACGAAGCAAAUCAAGUAAAAACGAAUGGAUUUGAUGAUUUGGGAACCCGUUCCUCUGAGAAACCCAAACCUAAAAGAGAUUACGGCCGUUCUGGAAUCCUGAACUUGCCAGCUUCUGCCAGUAACCCCAGCAGCAGCAUUGAUGAAUGGCUCGAAAACGUAAGACCUCCUCAAAGCAAACCUAUGCCCUACGAGGGAGACAGUGAGCAUACCCGUAUGUCUCGGCCGUCGUACGUGGAACCUUCGUACGAGUUCGACUUCCCGAGCCGCAGGAGCUCGAUUUCAGUCAAUGAUGACGAAGAGGAGGAAUACAGCUUUACCUCAAGGUUUGCAUCCAGGCAUCGGGCUGAUGAUGAUGACAUUGAUUUGGCUCGAGAUCCCAGUCCGGAGUUUACCUUUCGAUCUCGGAGGUCCCCGCCUGGCUCAGAUGAAGAUAGUGGUUACAGAACCAGAAGAUCGUGUCCUAACUACGAGACUGUGCGGACUGCUAAGACAGCUCGGGAAGACGAGGAAGACGAGGAAAUAUCUGCUUUCAUUGCUCAGAUUAAACAGAGAGCGAGAGCGCGGGUGGCCGAGGAGAUGGAGGAUGAUGAAGUUCUGUCUGCGUGGAAGAAACAGGAGGAGUCAAAGUCACACACCCACAAUAAAAACUAACACAGACUUGACUGGUUAUGGCAAAAAAAAUUGAUAUUAAAGAAAAGAUAUCUUUAAUUUUCUAAUUGUAGAUGUAGAAUAUAAUAGCAGUAAUGAUUCCUUUGUAUUGUUUCAUAUGUGUGAUCUGUCAGGCGUCAUUCAUAAAGAAAAAAGCAUUCAG